ACACGAAAUGUGAUCAAGAAUACUCUAUGCUUUUUGUUCUUAGGUUAGGGAUUCCAUCCAAAGAUACGCAGAAUUUGGAGGGUCGUAAAAGUGAAACCAAGAAAAUAAUGCAUAAUUUGUCCGACCAACUUCAACUACAACAUUAUUUUGAACCCCUUACUUCACCUCGAGAACUCUAUAUAUAUAUAUAUUAUGUUGCUCCAUUCACAACAUAAAUACAUAUUUGAUAUCCAUUUUGCAUACUUAUACUCAAAAUCUUGAAAUUAUGGUCCAUUUAGGUACUCAUAUUAGUAGCACUUCACUUCUUAGUACAACUAUGAGGAUUGGUUUUUGUGUCACUUUGUUAUUUGUAGCUGUUGUUGCUGGGAAUUUCAAUCAAGAUUUUGAUGCCAAUUGGGGAGAAGGAAACGUCAAAAUAUCACCAAAUGGUGAACUUCUUACACUAUCACUUGAUAAAACAACUGGGUCGGGAAUCAAAUCUAAGGCUCAAUAUUUGUUCGGAAAAGUUGACAUUCAACUCAAACUCGUACCCGGAAACUCUGCCGGAACGGUUACUACAUACUACUUGUCUUCAGAAGGGAAAAACCAUGAUGAAAUUGACUUAGAAUUUCUGGGGAAUUUGAGUGGAGAUCCUUAUGUUCUUCAUACCAACGUAUUCACAGAAGGAAAAGGUGGCCGAGAACAACAAUUCUAUCUUUGGUUCGACCCUACCAAAGACUUCCACACCUAUUCCAUUCUAUGGAAUCCCCAAAGCAUCGUAAUUUCUGUUGAUGGGACUCCAAUAAGACAAUUCAAGAAUAUGGAAUCCAGCGGAAUCGCUUACCCAAAAGAGCAGCCCAUGUGGUUAUACUCAAGCCUUUGGGAUGCUGAAGAUUGGGCCACAAGAGGUGGGCUUAUAAAGACUGACUGGACCCAAGCUCCAUUUGUAGCUUCCUACAAAAAUUACAGUGUUCAAGCUUGUCUUUGGUCUCCAUCAAGUUCUUCAAGUUCUUGCAACUCAAACAAUAACAGCGACAAUUCAUCAUCAAGUUCUUCUUGGUUGAAUGAAGCUUUGGACAGUUCAGGCUUAGAAAGAAUUAAAUGGGCACAGAAAAACUACAUGAUUUACAACUAUUGCUCUGAUAAAAUUCGCUUUCCUCAAGGAUUUCCUGCUGAAUGUUCCUCAUAAAGAUUGGUGAUUGAUUUAUUUUCUUUCUUCUUUGAAUUUGUUUAACCAUUUUCCCACUCAUUUUUCUUGAUUUGAAAUUCAUAUAAUGUUAUAUGGAUUGAUAAAACUCUUUCAAUUCUAUUAUAUCCUGUCAGCAACAUAGUUUGUACUAAAAAAGUUUGACAUUGCAAGUAUUUCUUUUCUUGUUGUAGUAUCGGGAACCCACUACAGUUAAUGUUUUCCCUUAUUUUAUAGGGCCAAACCUCUAACAAU